AACAGAUCGACACCGAAAAAUCGAAGCACAAAAGGGAGAAAAAAAAAAGAAGAAAAAAAAGAAAUCGAACCCUAGCCGCGCCGAUCGGACUCAGUGAGACACCGACGAGGAGGGCUAUGCGUGACGCGAUCCUCGGUGAGCCGGAUCGCCGCCACCGCCGCCGCCGCAUCUAGUGACGCGUGCACUGUGGUUUGUGUUUGGUUGUGGAGAGAUGAGGGCGGCGGGGCAGAUCGAUCCGUCCGCUGGGGCGACGGCGAAGUCGCGGCUGAAGAGGCUGUUCGAGAGGCAGCUGCUGCGGGUGUCGCCGGCGGAGAGGCUCCCGUCGGUCGCGGGUGGUGGGGAGAAGGAUGAGACGGAGCCGAGCUCGGUGUGCCUGGACGGCAUGGUGCGGAGCUUCUUGGAGGACGGCGUCGGCGGUGAACGGCCGGCGGCGGCGCGCUGCUGCAACUGCUUCCACGGCGGGGAGGCGUCUGACGACGACGACGACGGCCCCGCCGCUGCCGAGGCGGCGGCAACCUCCGACGCCGCGGAGACCAUCAAGGGCCUCGUCCACUGCGCCAGCCUCCGGGAGCGCAACCUCCUCGCCGACGUCUCCACGCUCGUCGAGCGCCACCGCGCGGCGGGGGCGCGCAAGCGCGACCUCCUCCGCCUCCUCGCCGCCUCCCUCCGCGCGGCGGGGCACGACGCCGCGGUCUGCUUCUCCCGCUGGGACAAGUCCUCCUCCCACCCCAAAGGCGAGCACGCGUACCUCGACGUCCUCCUCCCGCCCGUCUCCGACCGCGCCGAGCGCGACCGCAUCCUCGUCGACGUCGACUUCCGCUCCGAGUUCGAGGUCGCGCGGCCCACCAAGGCCUACCGCGCGGUGCUCCAGCGGCUGCCGCCGGUGUUCGUCGGGAAGGAGGACCGCCUGCGCCUCCUCGUCGCCGCGGCCGCCGACGCCGCGCGCGCCAGCCUCAAGAAGCGCGGCCUCCACCUCCCUCCCUGGCGCAAGCCCGAGUACAUGCGCGCCAAGUGGCUUUCACCCUACGACCGCGACGCUCCCCCUCCCCCACCGCCAGACGCCUCCGCCGGUGAGCUCGCCGUUGACGGCGACGGAGGUGGACCCAAUGAUUGAUCAAGGACUCAUCUUUUGUUCAUUCUCUUUUUUUUCCGGGAAUUUUUAUUUGCAGCCUAGUCCUUCUACUGCAUGCAAAUGUAUUUUUUUUCUUUCUUUCCAUUUUUUUUAUUUUUACCCUUUUAACGGGUUUCAUUUUGGUCGUGGAGUAGUAGUACUAGUAAGCACGGAUAAGAAGAGGCGGAACCCAAAAAAUGUAGUAUUAGUUGAACAGAAGAAAAAAGAGAGAUAAUGCAUUACGACCCAAUUUACUUCUUUCAGUCCA